CAUCAGAAAAAAAAAACGAUGUCGCUUGGAGCAUCGCCCGGGUCAACCCGACCGACAUCUGAACCCCGCGUAGACUGUACGCAGUGUGAGUUCGAAUUCAUGUCGGAGACGGAGCCGCCUUCCGGUGGAUUUAAUCCCGCCAUUCGCCCGCGGGAUCGAAACCCUAGCUCCCUCCUCCCGCCCGAGAUCUCGAUUGGAUCGAAACCCUAGCUCUCGACAAUCAUCCUCCUGCUUCUCAGCAAUUCGUUCCCGGUGAUCGCGCGCGCGUGCUUUCCCUCCGCGGCGGACGACGAUGUCGAGCGCGGCGGCGCCGUGGGCUCAGGCGCCUCACCUGCUGCAAGAGUUCGAGUUCUUCCUGGUUGUCGAUUUCGAGGCGACCUGCGAGAAGGACAGACGCAUCUACCCGCAAGAGAUCAUUGAGUUCCCCUCCGUGCUCGUCGACGGCGCCACCGGCCGCAUCCAGUCCGCCUUCCGCAGGUACGUCCGCCCUAAGUACCAUCCCGUGCUGACCCCGUUUUGCAGGGACCUCACAGGGAUCAAGCAGGAGGACGUCGAUGGAGGGGUGGAUCUCGGGGAGGCGCUCCUGCUGCACGACCGCUGGCUGCAGGCGGCGACGGCGGGGACCAGGAAAGGCGGCAGCUUGGCCGUCGUGACGUGGGGUGAUUGGGACUGCCGGACUAUGCUUGAAUCGGAGUGCGUUUUCAAGGGGAUCGAGAAGCCGGCCUACUUCGAUCGCUGGGUCAACCUCAGGGUUCCCUUCCAGGCGGUGAUCGGGGGUGGAGGGCGGUUCAACCUGCAGGAGGCCGUCCGGGCUGCGGGGUUAGAGUGGGAGGGCCGCCUGCACUGCGGGCUCGAUGACGCGCGCAACACUGCGUCUCUUCUUGUGGAGAUUAUGCGGAGGGGCGCCAAGAUCGCGAUUACCGGCUCCUUGGCGCCGCUGCCGAUCCAGCACAAGGAGGAGGAGCAGCAGCAGCAGCCUCACACAAGUCUGUGCGGUGGCGCCGCCGGGGCUUGCUUCUGCUACUGCGGAGUGGCCAGUAGAGCGAUGGCGGGGCCCAUGCAGGGGAGGUGCUAUUGGGGGUGCGGCAACUGGACACCCACCAUGGGAGCCGUCUGCCCCUACUUCCUCUGGAGCAAUUGAAUCAGUUGCGCCUCCGAUUGAGAUUUGAGGCUCAGUCUAGAUGAAUGCUUGUGUUAACUCUAGUCAGGAUGGAUGGCAGCCUAGUUGACUCUUGGUGUGAUUUGGCACUGGAAUCAAAUGUGACCCAGCUGCUAUUAGCUUAGUUCAUGUGUACUGUGAACGGGUCACCGAAACCUAUGGCCCAGGGGAGUAGCUACCCUAUGUAAUCGGUGUCUGAAUUAUGAAUAUUUAUAAAAGUUUUGAUUUAAUUA